AUGGAUGAUAGAUUUGUUCUGAAGCAGGUCAAGUCAAUAGAGAUAUCAUCAUUCGAGCUCUUUGCUCCUCACUACCUCAAGCACGUCACAAAGGCUCUGGAAGAUAAGCACCAACAAGGUGUUCGAUUUGAAGGGCUCCAAAUCUGUCUAAAGAGAGCAGUGGGGACGUACUGUUUUGAUGAGAACUACCUUCAAUCAAUUUGCUGCAACCCAGUGUACGUGUACCCUCACUCCAAGUGCGUACUGAUACAGGCCAUACUAGCCGACACUGAGUUCCUGGCACAGAACGCCAUCAUGGACUACUCUCUACUCACUUGCAUCGAUAACUCCACGAGAGAACUUGUCGUCGGAAUUAUUGACUAUAUCCGUACCUUUACUCUGGAUAAGAGGGUGGAAAUGUUCCUCAAGAAGACAGCUGGGAAGACGCUACCAUCUGUUGUGUACCCUGAACUCUACCGUAAGAGAUUCUGUGAGGCAAUGGACAAAUAUUUCACAGUAGUGCCUGAUAAAUGGACAGGGUUAGGUGCAGACGUCAAGUACUAGAAUUGUAAAAUUAUUAUAAUUAUGUGUGUCAUGUCUCCGUCGUGAUUUUGUUUUUAUUGCUCAAAGCAUCACUGCAAUGUGACUAUGUUCU